UUUACGCUGAACACCGAUUUUCUGUGUUUUGUUAUUCUUUCACCGGAGCUGCCGAUACAAAGGCUGGCGGGGAGAAAUGUCAAGCCACCUUUGACAUCAAGAUCAAGACCAGCAUACAGUCGAUCAGCCAUCCACAUUUUUGGCAACAGUGCCCGGUGGAGGUGACGUGCACGGUGCAGCGUGACUGAAUGUUGGCCGCUUUCUGCACCCUCCGGCAACUGUGCAGCGUGAGUGCUUUCCCUCGAGUGUGUGGCCACGCGAGGCACACAGGUGGAAGCGUGCGAGGAUACCUGUCACCUGCUGGAAGCCAUAUAGCGGAGUGGAGGGGCCAGAAUAGAAAGCUAAAACAAGUCUGUGCUCGUGGAGUCGCCGGUGGUCCUGCGUGGAUCUGCCCGCCACCCGCUGAUCCCCCGAGCCUGUUAGGACGUGGUGCAGGCCGAGGCUACAGCACCGGUGACAGCUGGGGCAAGAAGAAGCACGCCUCCAAACGGAAGGUCAGGUUGCACGCCGCCACACUAACCAUGGACCCGGAGGUGGAGCAGCAGCUGGCGCCGCUCAGGGCCAGGUGCAAGGAACAGGGUGACCUUGUCCGGAAGCUGAAGGCUGAUGGGGCACCUGAGAUGGACGUCAAGAAGGAGGUUCAGGAACUCAAGAGCCGCAAAAAGGAGUUGGAGGACACAAUUCUGAAGCUGAGUCCGCCUGACACUUUUGACCGUGCCAAAAUGAAUGACCUCGUCAAGCGCCGCUUCUUCUUUGACAACUCAUUUGCCAUCUAUGGAGGUGUUACAGGCCAGUAUGACUACGGACCAAUGGGCUGUGACCUCGUGGACAACCUCCUGGCAGAGUGGCACAAGCAUUUUGUCAUCCAGGAGCGCAUGUUGAAGGUGAACUGCUCCAUCCUGACGCCCGAGCCAGUGCUGAAGGCCUCGGGGCACGUGGACAAGUUUGCUGACUACAUGGUGAAGGACGUGAAGAGCGGCGAGUGUUUCCGGCUGGACCACCUGAUCAAGCAGCACUUUGAGAAGGAGAUGGCCAACAAAAAGACACCCCAGGAGGAGAAGGAUGCGCUCUCUCUCACGCUGGCUCGCCUAGAUGGCAUGAAUAUGGAGGAGAUGAAUGCCCUCAUGAGGAAGCAUGACAUGAAAUCUCCGCUGACGGGCAACGACCUCACCGACGCCAUGGAAUUCAACCUUAUGUUCCCCAUCUCCAUUGGACCCUCAGGUGCCUUGAAGGGUUUCCUGAGGCCAGAGACAGCUCAGGGCAUCUUUGUCAACUUCAAGAGGCUGCUGGAGUACAACCAAGGCAAGCUGCCCUUCGCCUGUGCCCAGGUUGGCAACGCUUACCGCAAUGAGAUUUCUCCACGCUCCGGCCUGCUGCGGGUGCGGGAGUUUACUAUGGCGGAGAUUGAACACUUCUGUGACCCCCAGGAUAAGAGCCAUCCCAAGUUUGCGCAAGUGGCUGACACAGAGAUGAUGCUGUACUCCGGCUGUGCCCAGAUGGAUGGCGAGUCAGCGAAGCGGAUGACCAUUGGGGAGGCGGUGCAUGGGUCUGGCCUCGGUCCACUGGGGCUCCUCUCCACCCCGGCAGAGGUUGGCGCCCUGGACCAUUACCUGGGUGACCGGAGCUUUGUGCUGGGCCACAGUCCCUCCCAGGCUGACGCUGUGGUGUUUGAGGUCUUGAGGCGCCCCCCUCCGCCCAGCCUGCCACACGCCUCACGUUGGUACCGACACAUAGCCAGCUUUAGUAAGGAGGAGAGGAUCAGUUUUCCCGGAGAGAGAGUUCCGCUGGAGGAGCUGACAGGCGGAAGGCAGAAGGGCUUGGUGGCUAAUGAGACCCUGGGCUACUACAUGGCACGCAUCCAGCAGUACCUCCUCAGGAUCGGCAUCACUCCCAAGAAGCUGCGUUUCCGCCAGCACCUCAGCAACGAGAUGGCCCAUUACGCCUGUGACUGCUGGGACGCUGAGUGCCUCACCUCCUAUGGCUGGAUAGAGUGUGUGGGCUGUGCCGACCGCAGCGCGUACGACCUCCAGCAGCACACAAAGGGGUCAGGUGUUCGGAUGUGUGUGGAGAGACCCCUGAAGGAGGCCAAGAUGGUAGACACAGUGGUGGCCGUUCCUGACAAGGGUGUGCUCGGCAAGGCCCUGAAAAAGGAUGCCAAGGUUGUGAUGGAGGCGCUGGAGGCCCUGACCAAGGAGGAGGCAGAGAGGAUGGACAAAGCCCUCAGUGAAAGUGGUGAGUUUGAGCUCAACGGCUUCUGCUUGACGAGGGCGAUGGUGCCAAGCUUCAAGAAGGAGCUGAAGAAGGUCCAUGUGGAGGAGGUCAUUCCCAGCGUUAUUGAACCGUCCUUUGGCAUCGGCCGAGUCUUCUACUCCCUUUUGGAGCACUCAUUCAGAGUGCGAGAGGACGACGACAAGAGGACGUUCUUCUCGCUGCCGUCGGUGGUGGCGCCCAUCAAGGUGUCAGUGCUGCCGCUGUCCAGCAAGCAGGAGUUUGUUCCCUUCACCACACAGCUUGCGGAUGGCUUGACGGAGCUGAAUAUGUCUGUUCGGAUUGACGACUCCACCGGGUCCAUCGGUCGCCGCUACGCCCGCACGGAUGAAAUUGCCAUUCCCUUUGGCAUCACAGUUGACUUUGACACGGUGAACAAGACGCCCCACACUGUUACCCUCAGGGAAAGGGACUCCAUGCAGCAAGUCCGCAUGCCUAUUGAGGAGGUUCCACUCACCAUUAAGAAGCUGGCGGACGGCAAGAUAUUAUGGAAGGAUGUAACUGAGAAGUGGCCGAUCUUUACCUCACAGGAAACCACCAAGUAACGCUUGCUGGAAGGAAAAGGAAUAGGAGGAAAGCAGCACAUUUUCACCUCACAAGAAACCUUCAACUAACACAAGCCACAAUGAAGAGUAGUGACUAGUGAGAUACAAUUGGCACAUCUUCACUUCACAGAAAACCACCAAGUAACACAAGCCACAAGGGAGGGUAGUGAGAGACCAUUGGCACAUCUUCACCUCACAGAAACCACCAAGAGAAAGCAGGGAAAGGAGAGGGACAAAUAGCAUAGGGAAAGAGACAAGUGGCACAUCUUCACCUCACAAGAAACCACCAAGUAACACAAGCCAUUAGCGAGGGGAGUGAGAGACAAGUGGCACAUCUUCACCUCACAAGAAACCACCAAGUAACACAAGCCAUUAGCGAGGGGAGUGAGAGACAAGCGGCACAUCUUCUCCUCUCAAGAAACCACCAAGAACUGCAAGCACCAAGAUUAAGCAGAGACAUUGAAUUAUUAUGAUUGUAUCCUGAAAACUUUUAUCUGAGUGCUGCUCAGAGGUGUAAUUCAUAUAUUUAAAAAGCUGGUACAAUUUUUCUUUUCUCUUUUUUUCUCUCGACAGCAUCAUCACACAUGGUUUUAGAUCUUUUAUACUGUGCAAAGAAGCACAAGUCAGUGUAGUAUUCUGGCACAGCUUUACUAUAAUGUGGUUGGUGUUGAAGCAAUAAAACUUAGUUUUCUUU